UAUUCAUCAGAUUGCUUAAUUUUUUUCAUUUCACUUUAUCACUGUUUGUGGAUUUUUAAGGGACGCCAGAAAUUCGAAAGCUACAACAAUGGAGCGCCCCUUACCCUUUGACCCAGAGUGCUUGGCCGCCAUGUCCAUCAGCUGAAGAAGUAGUGAGCUGGUUUGUGCAGAGUGAAAUCAGGUCACCAUUGGGUGCAUCGUGAGCAGUCGAGGGAAGCUGACACUACCCGAGGACUCCCCCUCUCCCGAAACCCCCAGCAGAACCUCAUACAACAGCAUCAAGAAUACAGAGCAUCGUAGAUCAGCAGACAUUGGGCGAAUUGCGAGCAAGCACGUGAAGGUGGCGGUGACCGACAGGCCAUCGUCCCGCAGCAAGGGAGAGCCCAACAACAACCGCAACAACUCCGGUGGCAUGGCUGAGACCGACUCCACGCCCGACAUGCUUGUCAGCGGUGACUCCAACCCCAACGCGACGGAGGGCCCGCCAGAGAAGCGCCCCUGCAACGAGGUCGAACACAUGGACACGGACACGCCCCCGCCGCCCCCGAAAAACGAUUCCCCGCCAACGCCGAAAGCAGCAGGCGACAUGGAGGCAGAUCGGAACACAAACACCACCAAUGUUAACGGUGAGGUGCUGGUGGAGGAACUGAUGGAGGAAGAAGACGAGUCUCGAGCCGAGGCGACCUUCCGCUUCACCGUGGAGAACUUCAGCAAGGUCAAGGAGACGCAGCUGAGUCCGCCCGUCUUCAUCCGCAACCUCCCGUGGAAGAUUAUGGCCAUGCCUCGGCACAACCCGAACGCAGAGCGGCCCAACAACAAGAGCCUGGGGUUCUUUCUGCAGUGCAACGCAGACUCCGACAGUUCUUGGUCCUGCAGCGCGUCCGCAGAACUGCGGCUCAUACCGCAGAAGGAUGGGGUUGAGACGUUUAACCGUAAGAUCCAGCACAUCUUCUAUAGCAAGGAGAAUGACUGGGGCUUCGCUCACUUCAUGCCGUGGCACGAGGUCGGCGACCCCGCGAAGGGGUUCAUCAAGGAUGACCGGAUUCUUCUCGAAGUUUACGUGAACGCGGACGCGCCGCACGGCGUGGCCUGGGACUCUAAGAAGCACACGGGCUACGUGGGUCUGAAAAACCAGGGCGCCACCUGUUACAUGAACUCGUUACUGCAGACUCUCUUCUUCACAAACCAGCUGCGCAAGGCCGUGUACCAGAUGCCCACGGAGAGCGACGACCAGUCGAAGAGCGUCGCGCUCGCCCUACAGAGGAUAUUCUACGAGCUUCAGCACAACGAUAAACCCGUGGGAACUAAGAAGCUGACGAAGUCGUUCCGCUGGGAAACUCUCGACUCCUUCAUGCAGCAUGACGUACAGGAGCUUUGCCGCGUGUUGCUAGACAACAUGGAGAGCAAGAUGCGGGGAACAUGUGUCGAAGGGACCAUCCCGCGGCUUCUGGAGGGAAAAAUGAUCUCCUUUAUCAAAUGCAAACACAUAGACUACAUGUCGUCGCGCACUGAGCCCUUCUACGACAUCCAGCUCAACAUCAAGGGCAAGAAGAACUUGUACGAAUCAUUCCAGGACUAUAUCGCCACGGAAACAAUGGACGGGGAGAAUAAGUACGACGCGGGAAAGUUCGGGUUGCAGGAGGCGGAGAAGGGCGUGAUUUUCCAGAGUUUCCCGCCGGUUCUUCACCUGCACCUCAUGAGGUUUCAGUACGACCCGAACACCGACACCAACAUCAAGAUCAACGACCGCUGCGAGUUCCACGAGCGGAUCAACCUGGACAAGUUCGUCCAGAACCCUGACACAAAGGAUCCAGCUGUGUACAUCCUCCAUGCAGUCUUAGUGCACAGUGGGGACAACCACGGUGGCCACUAUGUCGUCUACUUGAACCCACGCGGCGAUGGGAAGUGGUGCAAGUUCGAUGAUGAUGUGGUCUCGCGCUGCACGAAAGCCGAGGCGAUCGACCACAACUUUGGCGGCUUCGAUGACGACAUUUCCAUCAGACACUGCACGAACGCCUACAUGUUGGUGUACGUACGGGAGAGCUGCAAGGAUGAGGUCCUGUGUCCUGUCAACGAGAUCGACAUCCCGGACAACCUGAUUGAGAGACUCGCCGAGGAGAAGAAAUACGAGCUGCAGCGCCGGAAGGAGCGUAGCGAGGCGCACCUGUACAUGCCCGUGCACGUCGUCACGGAAGACCAGUUCUGUGGUCACCAAGGCAACGACAUGUUCGACAUGGAACACGUUCACUACAGGACUUUUAAGGUUCUCCGCGAGAUGAAGCUCGGGCCCUUCAUGGAGAUGUUGGCCGGGUCUAUGGGUUAUCCGGUGGAGCAAAUCCGCCCUUGGCCGUUCCAGCAACGUAGCAACUGUACCUUCCGCCCCACCAUGAUUGACAUUGAGAACGACCUUGAGAAGAGCGUGGUGGUGCUGGCGGAGAACGACCCGCCCUGGUACGUGUUCCUUGAGUGUGUUGAGCCGGACUCGGACGUGAAGUCCCUCCCGCCCUUCGACAAGGACUCGGACGUGAUGCUGUUUCUGAAGAUGUACGACCCGAAGGCUAAGAUGAUCUGCUACGCGGGACAUGUGUAUGUUCCCAUCAGCACCCGGGUGGAGGAACUCAUCCCCAUCAUGAAUCGCCGGGCGGGGUUCCGUAGCGACACAGACCUCAUCAUGUUCGAAGAGGUGAAGCCCAACCUUGUGGAGCGUAUCCAGGACUACGAACUCCCGCUGGACAAGGCUCUGGACGAGCUCAUGGACGGUGACAUCAUCAUCUUCCAGAAGGACGAUCCGGAGAAUGAGGAGUGCGAACUCCCAACAGCUAAAGACUACUUCAGGGACCUGUACUACCGAGUGGACGUGGUGUUCUGUGACAAGACGAUUCCCAGCGAUACUGGCUUCAACCUCGUCCUGUCUCAGAGAAUGAACUACUUUCAGGUUGCAAAGUGCGUUGCCCAGGAGCUGGGCACAGACCCCAUGCUGCUGCAGUUCUUCAAGACGCAGGGUUACCGGGACGCGCCCGGUAACCCGCUGCGAUGCACGUACGAGGGGACGCUGAAGGACCUCCUCAGCAACCUGAAGCAGCGCGGGCCCAAGAAGCUGUACUACCAGCGCCUCCGCAUCCCCAUCAACGAGCUGGAGAACAAGAGACAGUUCAAGUGCAUCUUCGUUAACAGUAAGUUGAAGGAGGACCGAGAGAUGGUGUUGUACCCCAGUAAAAACGGCACCGUAGCGGACCUGUUGGAGGAGGCGGGGAAACAACUACAGCUGCCGCAGGACGGGGGAUCGGGCAAGCUCAGGUUACUAGAGGUCAUUAGCAACAAGAUCUUCUGCGUGCAGAAGGAAGACGUCUUGCUGGAGUGUCUGAACAGCCAGGGAACCAAGACGUACCGCAUCGAGGAGAUUCCUCAGGAGGAGCUCAGCAUCCGGGAGGAGGAGCUACUCAUCCACUGUGCACACUUCUCCAAGGAGGUGUUUGCGACGUUCGGUACGCCCUUCAUGGUGAAGAUCCGCCAGGGCGAGAGCUUCGCGGCAAUCCGCGGGCAGAUCCAGAAGAAGCUGGACGUCCCGGACAAGGAGUUCGAGAAGUACCAGUUCGCCAUCAUCGUGAUGGGCCGCCAGACCUACAUUCCUGAGGAGUACUCUGUCGAGCUGAAGGACUUCCUGCCCCAGAUGGUCCCCGGGGGCGCCAUGCAGCCCAAACCCUGGCUCGGCAUCGACCACAUCAACAAAACAGCCAAGAGAUCGCGGCCGUACAUGUACACAGAGAAAGCCAUCAAGAUCCACAAUUGAUGUACAGUUCUCACGGUUAAAGACUCAGAUAUCCGUGUCUGUAGAAUCCAUAGUUGUACAAUUUGAGCUUUGUUCGAACACAGAGGAGAUGAUCACGAUAAAUUUUCCGUCAAUCUCGCCGACCUUCAUCAGAUGUUUGAGUCUCUGUGCUGACUUUCUAGAAACCCGAAGGGUGAUGAUGUCAGCAGUGAAUCAAAGGGGGUGGGAAGACAGAAUCAUCACGGUUCAGAGAAGGUUGGUGGGCUCUGAUGAAGACUACCUCCUUCACAGUUAUAGUUGCGGUAAAGUUAGUACAGUGAAUCAGACGUCUGAUGAAGAUUGGAGAGAUCAAUUGAUGGUGUUUUCCUUGUGUUGGAACAAAGCUGAAAUUGUACAAUUGAUGUACAGUUUGUUAGGCUGGUAGCAGGCCUUGUGGAUAGCCUGGUACGCAGGCGUGUUGGGUCGCAACAUACAGGAGUUAGAGAGCAGCGAACUUGUGCAAGGGCACACGUGCUUACUAGGGGUUAAGGGUUAAAGGUCAUUGUCAGUAUGUUGGGGCGAAUGUGCCUCAUUUUUGUACCAUUUAACCUUUGACCUGAUAAGGGCAAAGUUGUACAUCUUCAGUGCUGUCCUGAUUCGUCAGCUGAUUUCACAAAUGAGCUGACCAAAAAUUUUAUGUAUGAAAUGCAAGUAUAGUUUAGGUCACUCUAGAGAUCAGUCCAGCCCACAAAAUACAUGUAGUAGUCUUGCUCCAAAAUGGCAUCUGUUUGAAAUACUGGACAAUACCCUCCAUCAGUACAAGACAUAGCACAGUAAUUCUUGUGAGAUUCAAUUUUGUUAACAGAAACGUCUUUUCAACCCCUACAGCUUAAAUGGAGUAUUCCUUAGCCUUGUCUUUUGCCAUCAGCCACAGCAUCACAGAAUGUACCAUCUAGAUAUUGGAGGGGUGGGGCAGAAAUGUUUUUCAAGAACAAUUUGAUUUGUGCAGAGAUCAGAAUUAAAGUUGUAAAAACUGUUC